GCUAUGGGGAGAUGGUGAGGUGAGGGCAGGCUGGCUGUGCGGGACAGACUACAGCAGUUCGGCGGCGGUGUGCGGUACAUGCUCGCGAAGAACCGGGCAGGGAACUUACCUGGAGUGUUUUACUGCUGUUUACCUGACAGGGUAGCUGAGACUGAGCCGUGAUGUCUGCCAAAGCCAUCUCCGAGCAAACGGGAAAAGAGUUCCUGUAUAAGUACAUCUGCACCUCGGCCGCCGUGCAGAACCGCUUCCGCUACGCCACAGUCUCCGCCGACACCGACUGGGAACGCCUCACGCAGGACCACCCGUGGCUCCUCACUGAGAGAUUGGUGGUGAAGCCUGAUCAGCUGAUCAAGAGGAGGGGGAAGCUGGGAUUGGUCGGUGUUGAUCUGGACCUGCAGGGGGUUAAGGAAUGGCUGAAACAGCGCCUGAUGAGAGAAACCACUAUUGGAAAGGCAAAGGGCAUUCUCAAGAACUUCCUCAUCGAGCCGUUCGUGCCCCACUCACAGGAGGAGGAGUUUUAUACAUGUAUUUACGCCACACGGGAAGGGGAUUACGUGCUGUUUCAUCAUGAAGGAGGUGUGGAGGUCGGAGAUGUCGACUCCAAAGCACAGCGACUGCUGGUGGGCGUGGAUGAGAAGCUUACUGAGGAUGCGGUUACUGAACAGCUGCUAAUACACGUUCCUGACGAGAAGAAGGAGGUUCUGUCCAGCUUCAUCGUUGGACUCUUUAACCUGUAUGAGGACCUGUACUUCACAUACCUGGAGAUUAACCCCCUCGUAGUCACUGGAGAGGGUGUGUUCGUUCUGGAUAUGGCAGCCAAAAUCGAUGCCACCGCUGAAUUCAUCUGUAAGCCUAAGUGGGGGGAUGUAGAGUUUCCUCCUCCUUUUGGCAGAGAAGCCUAUCCUGAGGAAGCCUACAUAGCAGACCUGGAUGCUAAGAGUGGCGCUAGUCUCAAACUGACCCUGCUGAACCCCAGAGGACGAAUCUGGACCAUGGUAGCAGGGGGAGGAGCUUCAGUGGUGUACAGUGACACAAUAUGUGAUCUGGGUGGAGUGGAUGAACUGGCGAACUACGGGGAAUACUCCGGCGCUCCCAGUGAACAGCAGACGUACGACUACGCCAAGACCAUACUCUCACUCAUGACUCGUGAGAAACACCCAGACGGUAAAGUAUUAAUCAUCGGUGGAAGCAUCGCUAACUUCACCAACGUAGCAGCUACCUUUAAAGGUAUUGUCAGAGCAAUAAAGGACUUUCAGGGCCCUCUGAAAGAGAAUGAGGUCACCAUCUUUGUCCGACGCGGAGGGCCAAAUUAUCAGGAGGGGCUCCGAGUGAUGGGUGAAGUUGGAAAAACCACUGGGAUUCCCAUUCAUGUGUUUGGCACGGAGACCCACAUGACUGCUAUUGUUGGCAUGGCUCUUGGCCAUCGACCAAUCCCCAACCAGCCUCCUGUCGCUGCCCACACGGCCAACUUCCUGUUGAAUUCUAGUAGCAGUGCUGCGACUCCAGCCACCAGCAGAACCGCAUCCUUCUCUGAGCACAAACUGACCAACGACGUCACGCCUGCCAAGAAAGCCAAGCCAGGAGUUCCAGCAGCCUCCUCUCUUUGUUACACUUGGCCCGUGAAGAACAUGUUCAGUGCGAGUGUCCAAGAACUACAGAGCACAGCAGACAAGAGCGGAGCAAAAGCCACCACUCUGUUUAGUAAGCACACCAAGGCGUUAGUGUGGGGCAUGCAGACGCGAGCAGUUCAGGGCAUGCUGGACUUCGACUACGUGUGCUCUCGAGAGGAACCCUCAGUGGCAGCCAUGGUCUACCCCUUCACAGGGGACCACAAGCAGAAGUUCUACUGGGGUCACAAGGAGAUCUUAAUGCCGGUCUAUAAGAACAUGGCCGACGCUGUGAAGAAGCAUCCUGAGGUGGACGUAUUGAUCAGCUUCGCCUCCCUCCGCUCUGCCUUUGACAGCACCAUGGAGACCAUGCUGUACCCACAGAUCCACACUAUAGCCAUCAUCGCCGAGGGCAUUCCUGAAGCACUGACCCGCAAACUGAUCAAGACCGCGAACGAGAAGGGCGUCACCAUCAUCGGCCCAGCUACGGUUGGUGGAAUAAAGCCAGGCUGCUUUAAGAUCGGGAACACGGGAGGAAUGCUGGAUAACAUCCUGGCUUCCAAGCUGUACCGACCCGGCAGCGUCGCGUACGUCUCCCGCUCUGGAGGCAUGUCCAACGAACUCAACAACAUCAUCUCCCGCACCACAGACGGAGUUUACGAGGGAGUGGCCAUCGGAGGAGACCGAUAUCCUGGCUCUACGUUCAUGGACCACGUCCUACGCUAUCAGGACACUCCAGGAGUGAAGAUGAUCGUAGUACUCGGGGAGAUUGGAGGAACUGAGGAGUACAAGAUCUGUGAGGGUGUGAAGGAGGGAAGAAUCACCAAGCCUGUGGUGUGCUGGUGCAUCGGCACAUGUGCCACCAUGUUCUCCUCAGAGGUGCAGUUUGGUCACGCUGGAGCAUGUGCCAACCAGGCCUCAGAGACGGCUGUGGCCAAGAACCAGGCUCUGCGGGAAGCCGGCGUGUUCGUGCCCAGGAGUUUUGAUGAGCUUGGAGACAUUAUCAGGACGGUGUAUGAUGACCUGGUAGCCAGUGGAGUUAUUAUUCCUGCUCAGGAAGUUCCUCCUCCAACAGUGCCGAUGGAUUACUCCUGGGCCAGGGAGUUGGGUCUGAUCCGUAAGCCGGCCUCUUUUAUGACGAGUAUCUGUGACGAGCGGGGUCAGGAGCUGAUCUACGCAGGCAUGCCCAUCACCGAGGUGUUCAAAGAGGAGAUGGGUUUGGGAGGAGUGCUGGGUCUGCUCUGGUUUCAGAGGAGGUUACCUCGCUAUGCUUGUCAGUUCAUUGAGAUGUGUCUGAUGGUGACGGCGGAUCACGGCCCGGCGGUGUCCGGAGCUCACAACACCAUUGUGUGCGCUCGUGCAGGAAAAGACCUGAUCUCCAGCCUCACCUCCGGCCUGCUGACUAUCGGGGACAGAUUUGGCGGUGCUUUGGAUGCUGCUGCUAAACAGUUCAGCAAAGCCUUCGACAGUGGGAUGCUGCCCAUGGAGUUCGUCAACAAGAUGAAGAAGGAUGGAAAACUGAUCAUGGGCAUCGGGCACAGAGUGAAAUCGAUCAAUAAUCCUGAUAUGAGGGUGCAGAUCCUCAAGGACUUUGUGAAGCAGCACUUCCCGGCUACACAGCUGCUGGAUUACGCCCUCGAUGUGGAGAAAAUCACCACGUCCAAGAAACCGAACCUGAUCCUAAACGUUGAUGGUUUCAUCGGCGUGGCCUUUGUGGACUUGCUAAGAACGUGUGGAGGAUUCACUCGGGAUGAAGCGGACGAGUUUGUGGAGAUUGGAGCUCUUAAUGGGAUUUUUGUUCUGGGACGCAGCAUGGGCUUCAUUGGUCACUACCUGGACCAGAAGCGGCUGAAGCAAGGCCUCUACCGCCACCCGUGGGACGAUAUCUCCUACGUGCUGCCUGAGCACAUGUCUAUGUGAUCACGUGACUCAGAGAAACGAUCCCUGAUUGGACUGAACGGACCCCACCACCUGCGGACCCCUCCCACAAACACACAUUCACACAAAUUACACAUUCACACACACUUUUCAUUUCCUUUCCUGAGCUUCCUGUCGUCUACACAGCACAUUUAACCUAAAUCUGCUUUAAAAAAUAAAAUAAAUCCUGCUUUGGGUCUGAUUGCAGGUUAUAGGGUGAUGAUUUAAAUGACACACAUUUAAAUAAAGGGCAGUAUCAACAUGUCUGAACUGUAGAAACUGGAAGGAAUCCAGGAAUGCACCGGUCUGUAUUAUUUUGUAUUCUACAGUAGUUAAACGUAGCUAAGUGCCAAGAGGGGUUAAAAUAAAAAAGUAAAAAUUAUUUACUUGACUUGAGUGUAGAGGUACUGUAAUCUGGAAUUGUUUAACAUACUCUACAUACUUACCACAUCUAAUGUUACGCUGGUAUAAUGAAUUACAGUUACUAUUAAACUAAUGCACUUCACUUGCGUUCAGUAAACACUACUAAGGUACAGCUGCUUCAGUAAAUAGCGCUCGUGAUGUAGGAGCACUGUUACAUAAUCAAUAUACUCUGCUGUAAUUUGGGACUCAAACCCGUGGCCUGUGGCUUGCUGUGUCUGCGUCUACGUCAUUCUUCCAAGAAAAUAAAUACACCAAAAAUUCUAAACAUUCUCCAAAAUAGCUGUACAUCUUUUACUGUGCACUUCUGCUGUGUUUCUCCGUUUCAGAACUGAGAGAUGCUUCAAUUCAAACUGGGCCAGUUAAGCUUUUCUAUAGCGGGUCUUAAAGUGGGUCUUAAUCUUUAAAGUGUUGCACCACUGUGACGCCAGGUGAAGGGGGUGGAGCCUAUAUACAUAUCUAUAUAUGGUGGGUUAAAAACAAUACUGAAAACUAAAGGUGUUCACACACUAGUAAAAUUCGGGAUUGCUGUGACAGGAAAAAAAAACACGAGGGCUUUUAUUGGACAGUACGUGGCACUUUAAAUACCGCACAUUACUGUUACACCCGACAGAGGCUUUACAUGAAGGUUUGACGCUGUUUUGUCCGAAUGCGAAUGAAUCGGGGACGGGGGAAGGUGUCGUAACUCACCUGAGAAGCAUCCGCCUUUUGACGUGCAUGACUGUCUUUGAUGCUCAUAGCUACGUACCUUUCCACUUCCUGAGACCUUCAUCUUCUUCUCCUGUAGAAACUCACUCCUUUUUUUCACCAUCUAAAUCUUACCUUUUGGGGAGACUGGAAUUCUCCAGACUAUGAAUCUCAUUUUUAUGUUUGACUCAGUUAUUUAAACGUGAAAAUAAGUCUUCUUUUUCUCUCUUUUUUUUUUUUUGCUUUUGCAAUGUUCUUUGUUUUUAAUAUAUACGCAGGAGCUAAUACUGUAGAGUUAUGAAUAAAGAUCUUUCUUGGUUAUUUA